AUGCCGCCAGGAUUUCCCGCCGGUUUGAGCUUCAUGUUAGGUCUUCGUUCAGGUCCUUCUGGACCUUUGGGUCAUCUAAGUCCGACACCGAAUCCAGGUUCAUCGCCUUCAGCGCCUCCGGGCUCAGGCGCUUUUAGUACGGCUCAGUUGAAGCAUGUGGAAGCAAUGAUGAGCAGCAACCGAAACUAUUCGGAGUACAUGCGUUCUCUCGCCGCCAAAUACAACUCUGCCACCAACGACAGCUUCCCGUCGAGUUCGCCAUUCUGUCCUCCGACACCACCGAUGCGACCUCCCCUCCCUCGUAGUCCGGAUUGUCCUCCAUCACCUGCUUCGAGGCCUGCCAUAGGUUCUCAUUCAUCAGCUCGCGCAGCAGCCGAUAGACAUCCUUCUCCUCAACGAAGUCCUCCAAGCUCUUUCACCUUAGCCGAUUUUCCCUCCUCGCAAACCCUGCUCAACCUUGUCCGAACCCACGCACAGAGCUCGCAGCUCGAAUCUUACCUCAAGGGAGCGGUGAAGCGAUCUUCGUCUUCCACCCAAGAAGGUGAUCCCCUCGAUUUGUCGUUAUCGGGCCCUCCGAUGAAAAGCGCGCGAUCACCAUCCCUCUCUCCCGCUUCGACGAAAGAACACCACUCGUAUCUGGGUGUUCAACAGGAUCUCCAACCCGAUUCGAGAACGUCUCGCUGCUCAUCCGCGGGCUGCCCAAAUCGAGAACAUCAGAGCAAAUUCCUCGCGAGAUGGUCAGUAGACGAUGUCGUGAACUUCGUGCAGUCGAUCGACGUGUGUGCUUCGUACGCAGAGAAAUUCCGCGAUCAAUCAAUCGACGGUAGUAUACUUUCUGUUCUGACCGAGGAUCACUUGACGGCGUACAUGGGCAUGAGACUAGGCCCUGCCAUAAAGCUCCGGCAAGGUCUAGCCAACAUGACUGGCCACUGUAGUGUAUGCUUGCACUGUUUACAUUGCCGUGGCCCUCCCAAAUCGCCGAUAGCUCCGAACACUCGCGCGUCGUCCGCAAGUCCCUCACCGCACAGCUCUCCUGCGGCAUCGCCCAAGGAUCCCGAUCUGCUAGUAGGACAGCCUACUCCUGCGUCAUCGUCAUCAUCGCCUUCUCCGUCGCACGCGUCAAGUCCGACCGACACCACGGCUUCAAACUGA